GUGGCAACGCCGAAAUCGAAAAAAUGUAAACAGGCGAAUUAGUUUUGUUGUGCGUCUAAAAAUAAAUAAAUAAAUAUGUUUAAGUGCAUUAAAAAUUAUUUAAAACGGGUGGUUAGCCCACAAAUCUAAACUAAGUGUCAAAAGCGGCACGAAAUUGCACUGCGCUGCCAACGAAGCUACUUCCGCUUUUUGGAAUUGCUCGCAGUGAGGACGCCUGUUGACAUGGUGAAGAUUCUACAGGCCUACAACUUUGCCAGGCAGCAGACAUAUGCACUCAAUGGCGACAUUCUGGCCGCCACCCUGAUAGGCAACAAUCGCAUCGCCAUCAGCAGCGCCGAGCAGUUCAUCGAGAUCUAUGACAUAGCUGCUAAACAACACCAUCAGCAGCAGCAGCAAUCGGAGCAACAGGAGGAUGCCUCAGUUGCUGGUGGCACAGGAGAUGCAGCCUCACCCACGCCAGCGAGCGAUGAGCGCAUGCCAAACAGGUACACACUGGCCACGGUGGGUGAGGUGGUGCAGCUAAUCUACUGCGAAGCGGGCAAAUACCUUCUGACGCUGGAGAAGGAGCAGGCUGGGAGCCCGGUGCACUCGAAUAGCACCAGCAUUAGCUGCACAUCGAGCAGCAACAGCAACACCGUUUGCACCGAAGAUGAGACGAAGAUGUUCGUGCGCAUCUAUGCAAACUUCUGGAAGUUUCCCGAUGCUAAGCUGAACGAGCUGCCCAUCACAAUACGCAUCGCGUCGAUGACGACGCCGAAGACGCCGCUGGUGGAGAGCAUCGAUGUGAUUGAGUUGCCACUGCGCAGUCCACCCGAGCUGGUGCAGUGUUGCCAAACGUCGGGCAACAUCAUCGUGAGCAGCCGGGAUCGCAUCUAUCUGUACGAGUAUACGCAGUGUGUCCAUGAGAAUACCCAGCCGAGAUUCUCCUUCAUCGACUUUCUGCCCUUCAAGUUUUUUGUGCAGCUGAACUUUGUACCGCUACGCCUCUGCCUGGCCGAGAAUGUCAUCGCCUGUCUGAGUCAUCGCUAUUGCGUUGCCUUCAAAGUUGUGGAUGCACUGGCCAGCAAGGCAACAGCAGCAUCACCGGCAGCUGCUCGUGAGCUCAGCUGCCUGGACAACGAUUAUGUCGGCGAUGAGCCACUGUCCGAGUCCCUCAGCUUGGGCAGCAAGGCAAGCGCUGCGGCUGUCAGCAGUACGCACAGUCAGCAGAGCUGCGACAGCGAUUCACUGCAAUCCUCCAGCAGCGCGAAGCCCGCCAAUCUGGCCAAUCAUCAUCCGGGCUUGGCUGGUCGCACGCCCCUCGAUUUCAAUGUGGCACGAAUGGUGAACUCCGCCUAUGGACGCGAGUUUGAGCCCGAGUUGCGCUCACAGUGGGAUCAGUGCGAGAAUGGCAGCGGUCGCCAGGAGGAUAAUAGCCAGGAGAUAACCAUAUCGCCUCAGCGCGCCGCCGACAUCAAAAUCAAGCUCAUCAACGAGGCGAAGGCGAUGAAUGUGCGUGGCAUUGCAACCGGUGGCAACAACAGUCUGACGGAGGAUGUAUCCGUACAGUACGACGUCCGCAAACUGCUCCAGAUCUGCAUGAGGACAUCGGAGCCUCAAUCGAGGGUUUUGGAUAUAUUGCGCUGCAUGGACUUGAAGGCGAUUUAUCAGCGCAGCAGCAGCGAGCAGCCGCAGCUGGAGGAGGAUGAGGAUGAUGAGUAUGAGAUGGGCAAUCAGCAGGUGCCCAGUGCUGUGACCACGUUCAAGCAUGCUAAUCGACGCACUCUGAAAUCCUCGCAGCAUCAGCGCUGUGUGGGGCAUGCUCUGCUCGUGGCCAGUAGUGUAGAUGGCUAUUUGUAUCAGUUCUGUGCGCAGGGCAAGUGGUACAGCGAGAAUGAGAAGCCGGUGGCCAGCUAUAGUUUUACGGCACCCGUGUUGCAGGUGCAUAUCAAUGAUUAUGUCAUCUAUGCCGUCACCUCGGAGUCCGUGGAGACGCACACUUCGCGCAUUGGUCACAAACUGUUUCACAAUCGGUUCGAGUAUCCAAGCAUUGGGGCCCUAUUUCCCGAGGAAUCCUCGCCGGAUGUCAGCUCAGCGAUUGCAGUCAUUGGUCUAGCUGCUUUUAUGCACGUUCAGUUUGUCUGCGUCAAUCGGGAGCAGCUGGUGUUGAUCACGAAUGCGGCGCUCGAGCUGCACAAGCGUCGCAGCACUGGCGAGGUGGCCGUGGUGGCAGUUAAACGAAACAUCGCCGCUCGAUUGCUGGCAGAGGCCAAGGCCAAGCACAGCAGCUUGCUGAGGAGCAGCAGUUGUGCUGCCCCCUCCUCGGUGGUGAAUGAGUGGACACUGUACAAUCUGGAGGUGCCACGGGUGGAGCACGUCAUUGAGGAUCUCGAGGGCAUUGCCGAAUCUUAUCGCAGUGCGAGCAGCUCCAACUUCUACGAUCUCAUGGAGGAGGCGCAUGUCAUGCUCAGGCUGAGCCUAACCCUGCAGGGCGAGCGUCUCGUCGUGGACAGGGAGCAGGCGCUGCGCAAAAUGUUUAUGUCCAAUUGCCGAAAAUUGGCCGACUUCUCAAUACGCUCAAACAAGCAAGAAGUCUAUUUGCAAGCCACUGGCUACUACAAGAUGUGCCAGCUUCAACUCGUAGACAUUUACAACAACUACAUUCGGGAGUUCGAGAACAGUGAGCAGUUGGUGGAAACAUCGCAGCUGGUUGGACUCAUCUAUGCCGUGAAACUGUUUCUGCUUGGCCUGGGCACGGAUCGUCUGCGCUCUUCGUUUCUACAUCAAACGGUGCCCGCGUAUUUUACACCAGCCCGAGUGCUGCAACAGGGCUAUAAGCAGGUGCCGCUCUCGCUUGAAUUUCUUAACAUGUUCAUCAAUCAUGCGCCAGGUGAUUUGGCACACAUAAUGCUCAGUUCACCUGUGGUUGCCGAUGCGAUGAGCGGUGAGCUGAUCAACUAUCUGAAGUACUUGACGACGCCCACACCCGAUGAGAAUUUGCUGCUGGCUGUGACAGCCUGUCGCAUGUCCAACUAUCUGCUGGCCCAGGAAAUAAUAGCCAAGUCGACGCGUCGCACUUUAGCCGUGGCCCUGAUCAAGCACAAGAAUGUUCUCUUCGAUGAUAGCACGGUGCUCUAUCAGCGUCGCCAGCAACCCGAGCACCAGCACCAGCAGCAGCAGCAGUCCCAAUCAACGGUUCGCAAGCGUUCUCGUCGUGGCGCCACACAAUCCAAGGGCAAAUCUGCAGGCGGACAAAUCAGAGCCAUGCCGACGCCAACGCCCAGCGCAAUUGUUUCGUUCUCCGAUUUCUGCGAGACGAUUCUGUUGGCCAACGAGCAGCCCGCUCUAAUUGAGGCCAUAUGCGAUGCAUUCAUACACGCACUGUGCAUGGAGCAUAGUAUUACACUGGAUGUGGUGCUGCAGCUGUUCCUCAACUACAUUGCCUCGCACAUUGGUCAGAAGGGCUACCAAACCUCGCAGAAGGUGUUCGUCAGCAUAUUGCAAGUCUUCUACUACGAUCUGUACGAUGUCAGCUCGUCGCUGCAGUCGCAUGAGGUGCGCUCCCAGACGCCGCCGCAGCUGGACGACGACUACGAUGACGAGUGCAGCAGUUCGCGUGCUCCAUCGCUGCACAGCGAAGCGGAUGUCCAUUCGCUGUCCAGCUCCUGCGCCAGUUCGGCACCAGAUGAGCGCUCGAUAAGUGGACGCCAGCAGCGCAUUGUUUACGAUCAGCUGCAGGAGCAACAGGGCGGAUCGCCCUAUCAGAAGCGCAGUUCGAAUGCGUCGCUGUCGCAGCCGCAACCGGACGAUGAUGUGGCUGCCACCAAUUUGAAGGGUCUCAAAAUACUCUUUCGCAUGUACAUGGGCCGCCUGAAGGCGCUGAGUGAUCUAAUCACCGAUCUGCAGUCCGCCGAUGUCGAACAGCAGAGCAGUCGCGAAGAUUUCCUCAAUCUGCGCAUGGAAUGCAUCGCCUACAUGGUUGGCAUGGCGCCCAAUUACUGCAACAAGCCAAGUGUACGGCAUGCCAACGAAACUUUAUCCAACAAACUGAUAUAUGUGCCCUAUAUACCCGACUAUAAGCUGCCCGAGGGCGAGGAGUACGAGCAGCAUAUCAAGUCCUAUAUACGACCGAUUCCCUGUCUUCUGGAGCGACCGCAGUACUUGAAUCGCUUGCCGCCCUUUGAGCGCAGCGAUUUCAGCUAUCCCAAGAAGGAUGAGGGCGAGUUCGAGGUACGUUUCACUAGCUGGCACAAUGAGCUGCUGACGUUGACUCUGAAGAUUCAAAGUCUGUUGGCCUCCAGCAAGGUGGAUCGGGAGAUAAUUUCGGAGUUUUUGGCUUUCAUACCGAAAUCACCGCACUUGAUAGGCGUUGAUAGUUUCUUGGUCAUCAUAUUACCCAAGAAUUUGGCCAUCAACUAUAUGCUGAGCUUUUGCCCAGCAUUCUUGUGGCAAUACGGCAAGUCCUGUGGGUUUACACCCAAACAUUGGGAAUCGCUGCUGCGCAAGAUAUUAAGCAAACAGGAUGCGCUGCCUAAUUGGAAGACACACAUUGCAGAGAUACUCAACAAUCUGGUGGCGGAGCUGAGCUUUGAAGAGCUGCUGCAAUGCUUUCCCAGCGAGGUUAUACAGAAUCGGAAUACGGCACAAUACUUUGCUAAGGAAUUUGCGGAAACUUUCGUAUUGUACGAGCACGAGCAAUUGGUAUUUAAGCGACCGGAUCAGCCGGAGGGUAGCAGGGAACAUUUGCCCAUGGAUAACAUUGAUGAGGAGAAUGUUUUUGAGCUGACUCUGCGCAAGGCGGUGGCCAAGCAGCGGAGCAUUGCACUGCGUUCCAUGAUUGAGUCGACGGGCACUCAACUGUUCGAUGCAACCAGUAAUCCUAUGUAUAAUCUAUGAAUAGUCUGGGUCUAAUCUGUAUCUGUAUCUGUAUCUGUAGAUGGAGCAUUCCUCUUUUAACUAGUUCGAAUAUUAUCAUAUUGCAAAUUCAUAAGAUUGAUUGGUAUAAACUAUAAAUCAUAAACUUUGUUGUAGUUGCGUCUCAGAGCAGCAAGUGUAUAAUGUAUCGGUUUAUAUAUAUAUAUAUAUAUAUAUAUAUAGAUAUCACAGUACAUACGCAUAUAUGUAUGCAUGUAGAGUUAUUAUUAUAGUCUCAAUAACGAGGCAAUAUUUAUUGAUAUUUAUGUUUUUAAUACAAACGCAACAGUUCGAUCGGUAUUUGUAAAAGUGGUUUAUAGAAAAGAUUUACGACUUACUUAUUUAGGUUGUACACUUAAAGUAGACAUUUAUGUGCAGUAUUCGCUAGUGACACGCCAUAUUUUAAACCAGUUAAAGGCCUGUAAAGCGGCUCACAAACAAAAAAAGAAGAAAAAAAACAAACACCAAAUUAAAUCUGUUAUUGAGAACAAAUUCUUGAGCUCACUGAGCACCCGCUUCUCGUUUAUUCUAAGUUCGAUGUUUGAGUUAGCUUUAGUAAUCAUAACUAUGGUAUUAUAAUUUUAGCUAAACAUUCUCUCUCUCUUACCCACAUACAAAAAAUACAAGUGAUAUUUUUUAAAUUCUUGCAUAAUGU